AUGGCAUCCACAGAGACUGUAUGGUACAAUGUGUACAUAGUCUACUUCACGCAGCCCAGCGGUCCAGCUCACGAAGGGAUUGCGUUGAUUCCAGCACAGCUCGAAGGUCAAGCUGGCGGUCGGUUCUACCAUGUCAAAGGCACCGUUGGUAUGGGAAUGGACUACGAGUGUCGCCCCGGUUACAAUUUUGGUCGCAGCCGAUCGUUCAAGAACAAAGUUUAUCAAUUCCAACUGCCGAAGUCUUAUCUUCCAAACUUUGAGUAUAUCGCAAGCACUCGACCUCCUCCAUACGAUCCCCGUGCGCUCACUGAGAGCGAACCAAACCCUCCAGUCAGGGACUGCGCUGCUUGGGUGGCUGAGGUACUCGAAGAGGUUCGUGCUCUUCUGCGGAGCGGUGGCUUGGCUGCCUAA